GUCCAUUCGGCUGAUACGAUGAUAUCGGCCCAAGUCCCACUCUCCGAUGAAUAGCUGUACGUUUUCUUUUGAGUUUGAGAGUUGCAGAGUAGGGCAAGCACUGCGGACACAAAUGGAGGGCGGCAAACGUAGCAUUUGAUUCGUUUUUUUAUUGGGUGGAGUUCUAAAGUUCACACCGGAAGGAAAUCUUCCUUCUGACAUAUGUGGUUUUUAGAACUUUUUUUUUGUUUCCAGGGAUCUGGGGGUGUGGUAUUGGGGUAUUAGACUGUGAUAGAGAAUGUCUGGAGAGUCAAACUUAAGGUAUAGGCUCAAUAAGAGACUCAAACUUGCAAGUAGGCGGUCUAAGAAUUCUAAGGAUGAAAAUAAAAAGUUUGAAAGUACACUUAGUAAUGAUGGGAAGGGAAAGCUUAAACCUAUGAGUUUUGAUAGGAAAACAAAGAGAAUCUAUGCGGAGCAUGGUGGUACAAAUGAGGAGGUAACUUCCUCUGGAAAUGCAAAGGCACCCAAUAGAAAGAUUUCCUUUAAAAAAGGACAGAAUCAGGUGAAAGAUGAUGUUAAGGCACAAACAAACAAGAAGAAAUCUCCUCGCUCCAUAUGGGUUUCAAGUAAAAUAGAGAAUUCUACUACUGAAACUAAACAAUCUUAUCGUAAACUCAAAGAUGCAGCGGAAAGAGCUCGGGCGUCUAAUAGAACUAAUGCAAAGGAGGUUGAUGAAAUGGAUGUUGGUGGUACUGGUUUAUUGAAGAAACGUUCUAAAGGUAAACUGAAGGAUACAGUGGACAGUGCCUGGGCUUCUAAUAGAACCAAAACAAAGGGCAUUGAUGAAUUUGACGUUGGUGGAACCGGUUCAUUGAAGAAACCUUCCAAAAUCAAAUCUGAUAAAAUGAAACGGCUGGAUCAGUGUCAGGAGAAAUCCCCAUAUGUAUCUAUUUCAAAAUCUGCCAAGAAAAAUGUUCGAGGAAGGCGAGCAUUGGAUGAUGAUUCAGAAGUACUAGAUGAUCAGCCAAAGAGGAAGAAGCGAGUAAUUCGAAUAGAUCGGCAUGAUACCUCAAAUAAACGGCUAGAUGAUGGCAUUGUUAUUAAUAAAAGCGCCAAAGAGAAGGAAAAAGAUUUGGAGAAGAAAAAUGAAAUGUCGAGGAAUGCACAAUUCCGGGCAAUACAACCAAGUCCCUCAAUCCUGACCUAUGUGGAAGAUAACUUGUUGGGCCGUCGACGCUUGAUUGAGCUGCGGAGGGCUGGCUAUAACAUUGAGCUUUCUGCCCCAUUAGAUAAUAUUCCAUUUUCUACCAGCUCUGAAAGGGAGCGUAUUGAAGAUUCUGCAUUUAGGAAUAAAUUGACUUUUUUUGCUGCUGCGAAGAGCUCAUCAUCAUUUCCUCCUCCCGAACUCCCAGAGAUUGCAUUUGCUGGAAGGUCAAAUGUUGGGAAGUCGUCGCUACUUAAUGCCCUUACUAGACAAUGGGGUAUUGUUCGGACAUCCGAUAAGCCUGGCCUUACUCAGACUAUUAAUUUCUUCAAUUUGGGGUCAAAGCUCUGCUUGGUUGAUUUGCCUGGAUAUGGCUUUGCUUAUGCAAAAGAAGAAGUUAAGGACGCUUGGGAGGAGCUUGUAAAGGAGUAUGUUUCCACAAGAGUUGGUCUGAAACGGGUAUGCCUACUUAUUGAUACAAAAUGGGGUAUGAAGCCAAGGGAUCAUGAACUCAUCAAUUUGAUGGAAAGAUCCCAGACUAAAUAUCAGAUUGUAUUAACCAAGACGGAUAUGAUUUUCCCUAUUGAUGUGGCUCGCCAUGCGAUGCAAAUUGAAGAGAGUCUCAAGGCAAAUAAGUCUGUAGUUCAACCUUUGAUGAUGGUAAGCUCAAAAUCUGGAGCUGGUAUCCGGAGUUUAAGGACGGUGCUUUCUAAGAUUGCAAGGUUUGUCAAGCCUUAAUCCUAGUCAGAACUUGUUUCAUUUAGGCUGAUGUGAACUUUUCUGGCUCCAAAUAUUUCCUUGCAAAACUACAAGCCUAUAAUCCAAAAAAAAAAAAAAUCAAUGUGCAGAUUUUGCUGUUUGUGGGUAGCUUACUGACAAGACAGGUGUCUUAACUUCCUUUGAUAGAGUUGCCUGCCAAUUUCACUCUGCAGGACGAUAUAGAUGGUGUUGACAGGUGUUACAACAAGAUUUGUUUUCUUGUAGAUUGUGAUGCUUCGGAAAAUAAGUUUUUAUUCUUUUUGAAGAAAUUGAUAGUGUGGUGAGGAACUUUUUUAUUGUCAUUUUUUUUCAAUGAAAGCUCUGAUCUAUAUGAAGUUGCACCUGAA